CACUCUUUCUUCCAGAAACAUCUUCCCCUCUCUCUAAAACCUCUUAAACCCCGAGAAAGGGUUAUUUCAAUUUUCAGUCUGCUACCAACUCCUUAUCUACAAACUCUUGUGUCUAUCAAAAGGUUUCAGCAAUGGCGCCAGUUCUAAGCAGGGCUUUCACUACUUCAAUAGCUUCACUUCCUUCCGUUUCAGUUAAACAACGUAACAAUAGUUUAUUAAAAUCUACUCUUUUUAACCCAAACCUUAUCAACAAUAGAUUAGUAUCUGCUGGUGCGUUGAAAUGGAAGCUUAAUGAAAGAUAUAAUAGGCGAACAACAUCAAUCAGAUGUGAUUCUGCUGUUGCUGAGAAAGAAACUGUUGAUGCCUCUGAAGAGAAGUUUGAGUAUCAAGCUGAGGUUAGCCGGCUGAUGGACUUGAUUGUUCACAGUUUGUAUAGUCACAAGGAAGUGUUUCUUAGGGAGCUUGUGAGUAACGCGAGUGAUGCGUUAGACAAGUUGAGGUUUUUAAGUGUGACUGAGCCUCAUUUACUUGGAGAUGCUGGUGAAUUGGAAAUUAGAGUUAAACCAGACCCAGAUAAUGGAACCAUUACCAUAACAGAUACAGGAAUUGGAAUGACGAGAGAAGAACUCAUUGACUGCCUUGGAACUAUCGCUCAGAGUGGAACGUCUAAAUUCUUGAAAGCUUUGAAGGAAAAUAAGGAUUCUGGUGCAGACAACAGCUUGAUUGGGCAGUUUGGUGUUGGAUUUUACUCAGCUUUCCUUGUUGCCGACAGGGUGGUUGUAUCAACAAAAAGCCCAAAAUCAGACAAGCAAUAUAUCUGGGAAGCAUUAGCUGAUACUAGCUCUUAUGUCAUUAGGGAAGAGACGGAUCCAGAAAAGCUACUUACUCGCGGAACACAAAUUACCUUGUACCUAAGGGAGGACGACAAGUAUGAAUUUGCAGAGCCAACAAGAAUCCAAGGCCUGGUGAAGAACUACUCGCAGUUCGUUUCAUUCCCCAUUUACACAUGGCAAGAGAAGUCGAGGACUGUUGAGGUACAGGAGGAAGAAGAGCCAAAAGAGGGUGAGGAACCAAAACCAGAGGAUGAAAAGAAGAAGAAGACGAAGACCGUAACUGAAAAAUAUUUUGACUGGGAUUUAGCAAAUGAAACAAAACCAAUCUGGAUGAGAAACACAAAGGAAGUUGAGAAAGAAGAGUAUCAGGAAUUCUACAAGAAGACGUUUAAUGAGUUUUUGGAACCUCUUGCAUACACCCACUUCACCACUGAGGGUGAGGUGGAGUUCAGGAGUGUUCUUUACAUUCCUGGCAUGGCUCCUCUUAACAAUGAGGACGUUGUUAAUGCAAAAACAAAGAACAUUCGUUUAUAUGUGAAAAGAGUGUUCAUCUCGGAUGAUUUUGAUGGUGAGCUGUUCCCAAGGUAUUUGAGCUUUGUAAAGGGUGUGCUGGACUCGAACGACCUUCCUCUUAAUGUUUCUCGUGAGAUACUUCAAGAAAGCAGAAUUGUGAGAAUUAUGAGAAAGAGGCUUGUCAGGAAAACAUUUGACAUGAUCCAGGAUAUUGCUGAGAGUGAAAACAAGGAGGAUUACAAAAAAUUCUGGGAGAACUUUGGAAAGCUUCUCAAAUUGGGAUGCAUUGAGGACUCUGGAAAUCACAAGCGCCUUACACCGCUGUUACGAUUUCACUCUUCCAAAAGUGGGGAUGAUUUGAUAAGCUUGGAUCAGUAUGUUGAGAACAUGGGUGAGAAGCAAAAUGCUAUUUAUUACUUGGCAACAGACAGCCUUCAAAGUGCAAAAACUGCUCCAUUCUUAGAGAAGCUGCUCCAAAAGGGUAUUGAGGUUUUGUACCUAGUAGAGCCAAUUGAUGAAGUAGCUAUUCAGAAUCUACAAACAUACAAGGAAAAGAAGUUUGUUGAUAUCAGCAAGGAAGACCUUGAGUUGGGUGAUGAAGAUGAAGUGAAAGAUAGAGAAGACAAGCAAGAAUACAACCUUCUUUGUGACUGGAUGAAGCAGCAACUUGGUGAUAAGGUAGCUAAAGUGCAACUAUCUAAGCGUCUCAGCUCAUCACCCUGUGUGCUUGUUUCUGGCAAGUUUGGAUGGUCUGCUAAUAUGGAAAGGCUAAUGAAAGCACAGACACUUGGAGACACCUCAAGCUUGGAGUUCAUGAGAGGGAGGAGGAUAUUAGAAGUCAAUCCAGAUCACCCUAUCAUUAAAGAUCUAAAUGCCGCAUGCAAAAAUGCCCCUGAAAGUGGUGAAGCAAAGAGGGCCGUUGAUCUCUUAUAUGACACUGCUCUGAUCUCCAGUGGGUUCACUCCUGAUAGCCCAGCUGACUUGGGUAACAAAAUUUAUGAAAUGAUGGCCAUUGCCCUUGGAGGAAGGUGGGGAAGAUCCGAAUCAGAUUCGUCAGAGCCAAAUAAUGCCGCUGAAGAGUCUGUGGAAGCACUGGAGACGGAAGUUAUUGAGCCCUCGGAAGUGAGAACAGAGAAUGAUCCUUGGAGAGAUUAAAUUCCAAUUUUGAUAGUCUAGAUUUAGUUGAAAGUAAGUUUUAUUAUGUCCGUGGCUACAUAACUAGGAUGUUAGGUCAUUUUCUAUGGUUGUGAUGCUGAGAAUUAAUGAUUAGUAGUUAUGUGAUGCGACUUGAAACUCCUAGUUUGAAGGUCAAUUCCUUUAUUCUGGUUUUUGUCCUUUUGAAGAAAAAUCUCUUCCAGAAUUAAAGAAGUAUAAGAGGACUGCCUCAAACUAGAUGGUUUUUAACCAUUUCUGGAGAAUUCAUCAAAUCCAUGAAUGAUAAGUUUUACAGUCAAAACCCGUGUAUGACAAGUUAAACUAUACAAGAUCUAAUUCUGUA